AUGGCACGUACAUAUCCCGUGAUAAUAGAAUUUUUAUGUAUACAUUCAAACUUCUUAUGCCACCAGUACUACAACAGCUUCUGUUGCUACUUCUGUUGCUGCAACCACUACUACUAUUGUUCUAAUGAUACUAAUAAGAAGAAGAAGAAGAAGAAAAAGAAGAAGAUGAAAAAGAAGAAAAAGAAGAAGAAGAAGAGGAAGGAGAAGAAGAAAAAGAAAAAGAGGAGGAAGAAGAGGAGGAAGAAGAGGAAGAAGAAGAAGAAGAAAAAGAAGAAGAAAAAGGAGAAAAUAGAAUUUAAGAAUUUAUAUAUACACAUUACACAAUCUACUACUUCUGAUUAA